GCAUUGGUGAGAGGCGCCAGUAGUGGCAAUGGUAAACUUUUUUUGCCACUCGCAGGUGCCCGAUUCUAUGAACCACUUCUUAGUUGUCGCUUGAACGACGGUUAUGCGCCAACAAGUUCUCCGCGCGACGGCGGUGGCUUCUGAAUGUGGUUGAGCAGUGAAAUUACGACAGGAAAAAUGUCAAAAUCGCGGGUGUUAAUUGUGCUGAUGGUCGCGACGAAUGUUCAAUUCUUGGCAGUUCAAAGUGCACCACUCGGGAAGAACGCCUUCGCAAACCAAAGCAGUGACAGGUCGAAGUUCUGGGACAAGGCCUACGACGAGGAGUUCACAAAAGUGCCAUAUGUUGGAAAUAACCCCGUUCCAGCUUUAGAAAAAUACAGCAACUCCAAGGAUCAGGAUAAUGCCCAGAAGGAGGUGGAUAAUUUCCCGUCAAAUGUGUAUAGCAAAUACGAUAAUAUCCAAAAGAAAAUCAAGGAUUGGUUUGAUACUGAACCCCUGAUCGACAAUAUCCGUGAGGAAGACAAGUACGGAAAUGAAGGUGACCAAUUCUACUUCUUCACCAAACCGUUGGUGAAACUCACCGAGACCAUGGCUUUGAUUACGAACAAAAUUAUUGCGGCCCCACGGGAUUUGUUCAAGAGUGCAAAAAAAAGUAUAUCCGAUAAGGUGAACAACAUAGGCGGUAGCUUAGUUGGCUUGAGGAAAUGACAGUUUGCGUAUUAAAAAUGCAAAAAACGAAAAUCGUUUAC